AGAGGAGGCGGCAGCUCGACGUGACGUCUCCCUUUAAUGACUGACUGUGCCCUGACAUCCAGAGAAUGACAUCAUCGACGUUGUGAACGGGCGCGUUGUUAAGUAACGAGAGAGGGGGGAGACAGACUCGCGAGGGGGAGGAGGAGGAGGACGGCCGAGCUGCUGGAGCUUUCAGGGACUAUCAACAGGGAGUGCGAGCCGACGACAGAGCUGAGAGCCGGGGGUAUGAGAGCCACAAUCCGCGCCCAUCCUCCCCAGCGCAGGCCCGUGUCCGACUGACAACCACCGGAUCAGAACCGCCACCGAACCAGCUCUCCGACGGACCCGGUAUCGGCGACAACUUGCAAACAUGGAGCUGAGAGUGGGGAACAAGUACCGGCUCGGGCGGAAAAUAGGGAGCGGCUCCUUUGGCGACAUUUACCUUGGUGCCAACAUUGCCACCGGUGAGGAGGUAGCCAUCAAGCUGGAAUGUGUGAAGACCAAACACCCACAGUUGCACAUUGAAAGCAAGUUCUACAAGAUGAUGCAGGGAGGAGUGGGUAUUCCGUCGAUAAAGUGGUGCGGUGCAGAGGGAGACUACAACGUGAUGGUGAUGGAGCUGCUUGGACCCAGUCUGGAGGACCUUUUCAACUUCUGCUCCCGGAAGUUCAGCCUAAAGACCGUCCUGCUUUUGGCAGACCAGAUGAUAAGUCGCAUUGAGUACAUCCACUCAAAGAAUUUCAUCCACCGGGAUGUUAAGCCCGACAACUUCCUAAUGGGGCUUGGCAAGAAGGGUAACCUGGUGUACAUCAUCGACUUUGGCCUGGCCAAAAAGUACCGCGAUGCCCGCACGCACCAGCACAUCCCUUACAGGGAGAACAAGAACCUGACUGGCACAGCGCGCUACGCCUCCAUCAACACACAUCUUGGAAUUGAGCAGUCCAGACGCGACGACCUGGAGUCUCUUGGCUACGUCCUCAUGUACUUCAACCUGGGCUCCCUCCCCUGGCAGGGCCUCAAGGCCGCCACCAAGAGACAGAAGUAUGAGCGAAUCAGUGAGAAGAAAAUGUCCACUCCCAUCGAGGUUCUUUGCAAAGGAUACCCUUCUGAAUUCUCCACGUACCUGAAUUUUUGCCGUUCACUCCGUUUUGAUGACAAGCCUGACUACUCGUACCUGCGACAGCUCUUCAGGAAUCUGUUCCACCGCCAGGGUUUCUCCUAUGACUAUGUUUUUGACUGGAACAUGCUCAAAUUUGGCGCGAGUCGAACAGCCGAGGACGGGGAGCGGGAGAGGAGGACGGGAGAUGAGAGGGACGAGCGAAUCGGAGGGGCCCCGAGGGGCUCUGCGUCGCGGGGCCUGCCCCCGGGCCCCCUGCCCGCCGCUGCCAACCGAGUCAGGAACGGGCCAGAGCAGGCCGUCUCCAACCCCGCCUCACGGGUCCAGCAGUCUGGGAACACGUCGCCUCGCGCAAUUUCUCGCGCGGAGAGGGAGCGGAAGGUGAGCAUGCGGCUCCACCGCGGGGCCCCCGCCAACGUGUCGUCCUCCGACCUCACAGCCCGGCAUGACCAGUCCAGAAUUUCCACGUCGCAGGUCAGCGUGCCGUUUGAGCACAUGGGGAAGUAGGAUUCUUUGGCUCUGCAUGCACAUGAAACUGACAGGGCUGCAAGGUAUAUUCAUCGCUCCGAUUUCUUUUUUCCUUUUUGUUUUUACCUUGUCUUAUGAAAUUUAAUAAAUGGCAAUGGACACGAGGAGCUUUGUAAAAAAGGACAGUGAAUCUUUUAAGGAUCCGGGGACGUACGUGGCGGUUUCCAACACGCACUCUUUCAAGAACUUUUUUUGCUGAACAGAGGACCACCACAAUACAAUAAGCCAACGAAUGACGGCCCGACACCUUUUUGACUCCAUGGUUGCUCAUACCAGCUCCAUUCCGCAAAAUGUCCAUUUCCCUCUGUACCUUCUGUCAGACACGUGUGAAGAGCAGUCUGCGUCAAAUACGCAGAUAUAUGUGCGGGACGUGCGCAUGAUUCUCGUUCCACUUAGUGAUUUGAUAUAUGCUUAGCGAAGAUUUGUCUUUUUCAGUUCAACACGGCGGGAAAAACAACGUUUCGGUGUGUGUUACCGUUUAUCCUUCAUGAGGACAUCUUAAAUUGGAGCUUGUUAUUAGUUUCCUUUUUGGCAUUUUCUUUUUUUUGUAAGAGGAAAAACCGCUAAAAGAUGGAACAAAUGGGGGGAGGAAGGUGAGCGGGGUGGUGGACAAAGAGGAAGGUCGCGUCGGAAAGGAUAAGCAAGUGGUGAUUUAGCUGUUGUAAUGUUUCUGGUGACGUAGCAGUUGGUGCCGGCUUGCCCUUCUUCCACCUUGUGAUUAUUUACUGUCCCUCAGAACUCAGCCACCAAAACCUCCACCGCCCCUUACUUUGCCCGCCUCGACUUGCGUGCCUCCUUUUGGCCCCCAUGCGAGCGGUGAGGUGAAGAAUGAGCAUAGAUAUCGCAAAGACACACUCCGCGUCUUGAGGGAAGCUCCUCAGGAAAGUCUCGGUGUAUUUGAGCGGAGACCAUAGCUGCCCGUGUUGCCUGUCGGACAUGGCUGCAGUUUUUAUGAUAGUUCUAAAUGUUACCUUUUUUUAAAUUCUUUUUGUUAUUGAAGGUCAUGGGAGGGGAUGAGCAGGCCCUGUAGGGGGGAGACGUCAAAUGAUUUUGUCUUUUUUUUGUUUUUAAUGUUUACUUCACUGUAAAUAUGUUUUAAUUUUGAUGUAAAUCCAAAAUGUGGUUACUUGUUUUAAGUAGAAAAAUGCAUACUAAUGAGAUAAAUCUGGCCUGGGUCCAGAAUUUUUAGGUAUUUGAAGGACUAAAUUGUGGAAUGGGCUGCUGUUCCUUUGCCAGCUGGGUCAUCCGAUACUGUGUGUUUGUGAGAGCGAGUGAUGCAGUGAAUCCCUGCUAAUAAUACAAUACUCGUUUAGUCUUUUUAUGCCUAUUCCCCAUCUCUGCUAUUUAUGUUAAACUAUAUAGAUUUUAUUUGUCUGAAAUAACCUUGUCCUUUUGUUCUCAUUUUUGUUUAGUUUUAUCUUCCCGCAUUGUUUUAGAAAGUGUUCUGUUUUGUUCUUCCCCUGCGCAUCAAAGGUUGUCGGCCUCAUGUAACACACAGGGCUCAAUAUUCCUUCUGCACAACGAUAUAUUUAGUUUGUCACUUUUUGGAUUUCGAUCUCCAGCAACUUUGAUGAUGUCAUUCGCAGUAAAAAAUAACAUGCAAUUCCAGGGAUGUGUAAAUAGCAGUGUACCGUGUGUGAUCACCUUUGUACAGGCCGCCAUGACCCAGUGGCAGAGGAACCGUUUUGGUUGGCAAUGGUAGAAAAGUGGUUGAUGGGGAUUUCACUUUAUGUAUUGUGUACGGAUAUCUUGUACAGUUCUUUAACAAGCUUUAUUUACAACAGUAUUUGUGUAUAUUUUAUGAGGUAAUAAAAAUGAACGUUGCUCACAA